ACACAGUAGGCCUACACCUGCUGUCAUAACAUUGCCGCGCAGUGUUGCCAGCUUGCAGCACCGGCGUAUUUGACAGCUGCAGGUAAUUUUGGUAGCGACGCGUACGCGAGACUGCUGUUGUUUACAAUUUAAAAAUGAGUGAAGACGAACCGGAACCGAUCGAAAACGCCUCAAAUGCGGAAAGUGUACAGGAGCAGAACGCUCCCGAGGAACAGGAUGUUCCCAUGCAAACCGAUGACCCCAGUCCGGACGCGGAGGAGCAACACAAUCGAGCGUCGGAAAAUGAUUUCUUCAAGCACAGCGCCUGCAUCGAAGUGGCACGCUGCUCGUGGGAUCGACCCGUACGGCAAAACUACCUGCAGGGAUGCCACUGGUCACCGGAUGGAACGUGCGUGCUCACAACGGUCAACAACGAUGGAAUGCACAUCGUCGAGCUGCCGACCGAUUUGUACAGCAACGAUAGCGUUUCCGAAGAUCGUCCAGUCGACCUGCUAACAUCCGCCGUCCACGUCAAGGAAGGUGGGCUCGUGUACGAUUGUGCCUGGUACCCGGCGAUGAACAGUGGGCGCCCGGAAACGUGCUGCUGGAUCGCAUCACGCCAACACGAACCGAUACAGCUGUGGGAUGCAUUUACCGGUGGUUUGCGCUGCUCGUACAAAGGUUACGACCAGUUCGAUGAGGUUGAGGCGGCUCUUAGCCUUACCUUUGCCCCCGUCGAUGGGGCCACACUGUACGGUGGGUAUAAAAAAUCGAUUAAAUGCUUCGACACAAAAGUGCCCGGGCGGGAAACGUGCUCGUGGCGGACGAAAUCUACCGCCUCCUGUAUGGCGAUCGCAUCCACCAUGCCACAGACGAUCCUGUACGGUUCGUGGAACCGUAGCAUCUCGGCGCUGGACGCCCGGUCGGGCGAGUGUUUGUCCGUCGGGAACUAUGCGCCGGAAAACAGCCAUUCGGCCGGUGUUACAUGGAUUGUGUUUGCGCCCGAUACGGAAUCGCUGUUCGUUACCGGUGCACGCAAGGAUCCGAAGCUGCUGUUCUGGGACGUCCGGAAACUAACACAACCGGUUCGAACGCUGCAACGAACGUGUGGCACCAACCAGCGGAUCUAUUUGGAUUUUUCUCCCCUCGGACAAUGGCUUAUCAGCGGUGAUAGUCGAGGGGUGCUGCAUGCGUGGAAUCUGCACGAGCUCGAUGAGCAGGGUCAACCGAAGGAGCUGCUUUUUCCCCUGCACUGGGACUGCCUGAAUGGUGUUUCGUUUCAUCCGCACAAUCCCAUCAUGGCCACCGCCAGUGGUCAGUACCAUUUUCCUAGCGCAUGGCAAGAUACGGAGGACGGUGAACCGGAAGUCGCCGCCGGUGCACCCGAGGAGGUUCCGCCCGUUGCAAAGGGAGGUGAUCGUCCCAAAGUAGAAAAUUCGCUCACUAUGUGGUGGAUCGGGGAGGGAUUGUUUUCGGACGAAUAAACCAAAUGUUGCACUCCGCAAUUAAUAUUGUUUAAUUCUUUUCUGUCUGUUAUUGUUCGCAGUCGCAGGUCGGGUUUUUUUCUUUUUUGCACUGACUUUGCUCGUUCUUCUCCACACCGUCGCCGUCUAUGAACCGUACACGAUUAAAUAUUGUUCUGAUUUGAAUUCAUAUUUACAACAUAUUGAAAUGUAACAAAUUGCGAUUAAUAAAGAAACACGACACCACA